GACAUUCCAGAUACCUGUAUGGCCAACAACAUCAUGUUUCAAGUCUCUUGGAUUUUACCUUCUCAAGGGACAGAGUCAAACACAAAAAUGAAACUCACAACAUGUGGAAAGAUUACCCUGGGUAUCUUAAUGCUGGCUGUUGUUGCAAUAAUCAUUGGACUCAUUGUUUAUUUUGUCAUUUAUGAGAAGACGCCUUUCUACCACCACAUCAGCUUUAAAGUCAAUAACAUUGACUAUGACAGCAAAUUUGAAAAACCGUAUUCACAAGAAUAUAUGGAUCUAAACAAAAAGGUAGUGUCUUUGAUAAAUGAAACAUUUCAUGGAUCCAAACUGAGAAGACAGUAUGUCAAAUCUCAUGUUGUCCAAGUAAGCCGAGCCCAAGGGAAAGUGAUAAUACAUGCUGUGCUGAAGUUUAAAUCCUGUUUUAAAAAUACUGCAGCAAAAUUUCGAGAUAGGAUUGAAACCACUUUAUAUCAGAAGCUAAAAGGCAAAACUGGGUCUUUAUGUAUAGAUUCUUCUUCAUUUAAAUUUUCAGAUAUUGCAAUGCCGACAGCAGAAAAUCUUCUCAAUGCCUGUUGUGGACAACGGACAAUAACUCCUUCUGGCAACAAGAUAGCAGGGGGUAUGGAUGCCCAGGAAGGGGAAUGGCCUUGGCAAGCUAGCCUUCAACAGAACAGUGUCCAUCGAUGUGGGGCCACUCUGAUUAGUAACAGCUGGCUUGUCACUGCUGCUCAUUGUUUUAUAAAGGCCAGUGAUCCCAAAGAAUGGAGUGUUAGUUUUGGACUUCUUUUAAGUGACCCACAAACACAGCGAAGUAUCAAGGAUAUUAUAAUUCAUGAAAACUACCAUUAUCCCGCACAUGAUAAUGACAUUGCUGUUGUACAUCUGUCCUCGCCAGUAUUAUAUACAAGCAACAUCCGAAGAGCAUGUCUUCCAGAAGCUACUUAUACAUUCCCACCCAAUUCAGAUGUGGUGGUCACUGGAUGGGGAACAUUAAAGUCUGAUGGAACAAGUCCUAAUAUACUCCAAAAAGGAUUAGUGAAGAUUAUAGAUAAUAAAACCUGCAACAGUGAAGAGGUAUACAGUGGUGUGAUCACACCUGGAAUGUUGUGUGCCGGGUUCCUGGAGGGAAGUGUGGAUGCCUGCCAGGGUGACUCCGGUGGACCUCUGGUUGGUGCAGAUUAUAAAGGCACUUGGUUCCUUGCUGGCAUUGUAAGCUGGGGAGAUGAAUGUGCUCUCCGAAACAAGCCUGGUGUCUACACUCGUGUAACAUACUAUCGAGACUGGAUCUUGUCCAAAACUGGUCUCUAGUGCAGAAGUUCUUUUAUAAAGUUUGAAAAGUAUACCUUUUUCAGGUAUAAUUGUAUACAAAUUACAAAUUGUAAUUUGUAAACAGUUACAAAUAUGUUUGUAAUUCCAAAACCACAUUUAACUUAGAAUACCUUUCUUUAUGUGCAUUUAAUGUUGCAAAUAUAAGGAUAUACAAUUUCAGAACUAUGAAAAAUUUGUAUGUUAGAUUGUGAAAAGGGGCUAGUGACAGUAAUGAACUAGGAUAUAUAAUUUCCCCUUUACCCCUCUCCAGACUGAAGGUAAUUAUAUGAACAAACAUGGAUUACAGUUUACUAAGGAGGUCUUCUCCACCGAUUUGUAGACCCAGGUACCUUAGGAAAUCAUAGAAUAGGUGUUGGCAAUAAACUCCCUUCUGAGUGUAUGAAUAAUCCCCUGCUGAAUCACACGGCUGCCACAAGAUCCAUGUGUUGGUAAGUUGCAGCCUAGUGAAUUGCAGUGUGAUGCCUAUAAAAGUUUCCAAAGAAAAUCUGUCUAGCUGUGUUCUUUCCAGUCUUCAUGCCAAUGUUAAUCUCUUCCCUAUCUAGGCUUCCUCACUCUGUUGACACAAAACAGCACGAUAAUCCCAUGGGGUACGUUGUUGAUCUGUUCCUAUUUCUCUUUUACAUGUGAGGCCAAGAUGUUUCUCACAGAGAAGCACGUAAUAGUAAAAUUAUCAUCAGACACAUGGGCUGUGUUUCACUAUGUAGGCUUGAACAUGCUAUGCAGAUAACAUAUAAGAUAUGUAUUCCAUAUCUUCAAUCUCUUAAAAUUCCUCAAUAAUAUCAAUUACCAGACAGAAUAAAUAAUAUGGAAAUUUUGCUUUCAUUUCACUUUCCUUUUGCCCAUACGGAAACAUUCUAGCUGAGGGCACAGAGGUCUAUAAAUGCACUGUUAGGGCUCAUGCCAACUUGCCACAUAAACACAUCAGUUGGCUUUUUUCAUGAAUAUUAUCUUUUGGCAGUGAGUUCCCAGACUGUGUGUGGUCCAGGCCAUAUCUCUAAGUCAGUUUACCUUUCUCUUUUUCAUCACCGAAAGCUACCACGAAUAGCUUUUAUUAUGAUAUAGAUUUUGUUCAUGGACCCCAAGAACAAUUAUGUUAAUAUAGUAGCUGACAUUUAUAGACCACUAUGUGCCAGGCACAGUUUAUAUGCAUUAUUACACUAAGCCCUCACAACAACGUUGUGAGGAUGGUUCCCCUGCAAUCAUAAUUUUAUAGAGAAGGAGACUGAGAUAGACGGAAGUGAAGUCCAGAGAGCUUAUAAUUCCCUGAGCUGGGGUUCAAAAUCAGAAAAUUGGAUUCCAGGGCCCACACUUUAAACAACUAUGCGCUGUUAUGUGUUAUGGUUAUACUUAAGGAUCUA